AAGGACAUUUCCAUUGGCCAGUGUCUAAAGGGCUGGACUCUGUGAACUCUAUUGUUUCUUAUAAGAUUAAAGAAUCUGCUUUUCUUGCAGCUGGACAUCUCAGUAACUCAUACAAGUGGUCUGCUCUUGUGUCACCUACAUUAAGACUCCAGAUAUUCAAGAUCACCAUGGAUCAUCCUUCGGAUUUUGAAUCAUUUAAAAAUGAAAUUAAAGCAGCUCUACAAAACAAUGAUCAAGCCUUAGCUGCUGCAAAGAUCCAGCAGUAUUUGGAUCAGGAGAAUAAAAUUCCACUAAAUAUAGCGAUCACAGGAGAGACAGGCUCUGGUAAAUCCUCCUUUGUUAAUGCCUUUAGAGGCAUGGAGAAUGGGGAUGAGGGAGCCGCUCCUACUGGUUGUGUAGAAACCACCUUGGAGGUCACACCAUACCCCCAUCCAAACUUUCCCAAUGUUACACUGUGGGAUCUUCCUGGCAUUGGCUCCACCAGUUUUCCAGCUGACGAGUACCUGGAGCAUGUUGGAUUUGAGAAGUUUGACUUCUUCAUCAUCAUCUCAGACACUCGCUUCAGAGAAAAUGAUGUGAAGCUCGCUCGGGAGAUUCAGAGGAUGAAGAAAAAGUUCUACUUUGUUCGCUCAAAGAUUGACCAUAACAUACGUGAUGCGGAAAGAAGUCAGAGGAAAAAUUUCAACCUAGAAAGGACUCUUGCACAAAUCAGGGAAAACUGCAUUCAAGGUCUUCAAAAACAAGGUGUUGAGUCUCCACAAGUCUUCCUGGUGUCCAACUUUGAACUUCACCUGUAUGAUUUCCAUCAGUUGGAGGAAACUCUAGAGAGAGAUCUCCCAGCUCACAAGAGGAAUGCUCUGCUGUUUGCCAUGCCCAAUGUCAGCCUGGAGAUCAUCAACAAGAAGAAAAAGGCUUUCCAGGCCCAAAUCAAAUACAUUGCUCUUGGAUCUGCAGCUGUAGCAGCUGUACCACUUCCUGGGCUUUCUGUUGUUGUAGAUGUAGCCCUGCUGGUUGAUGCUGUCACACAAUACGUAGUUGGGUUUGGUCUUGAUUCCUGGUCAGUGCAGAGACUUGCUGAUACUACACAUGUGCCACUGAAGGAUCUGACUGACAUCAUUGUUUCACCUCUGGCUCUAACAAAAAAUAACCCCUGAUCUUGUCAUUAAGCUUUGUUGUCAAUUUGGAAUAACAUCUGCAAUAAUAGCAGCAGAGGAAGUGACAAGAUUCAUUCCGAUAUUUGGAAUCCCAUUAGCAAUGACCUUCUCUUUUACCUCCACCUAUAAAAUUCUCUAU